UUACAAUGAUUGAUGAUGUAUAUUUGAUUGCUGCAUCUUUACAGAAUAGAAAACUACAAUGUAUUAUAGCAACAGCAUCAACUACAACACUUGAUGAUGAAGUUACACAAGUAGUAAAAAAUAAUUCUAAAUCAUCAACUGUUAAAUUUAUUAAACCAAAAAUUUUUCAUGAAUAUUCUAAGUCAAAAGGGGUUGUUGAUGUUAAUAAUCAG